AUGGAAGAUCGGCUGACCGUGCCGGCCUUCCGACAGAGGCUCCUGGCCCCAAACGGAGGCGGCCUGGUACCCGAGGAGGCCUCCUACGACCAGCUUGGCAAGCCGGAAGAACUCCAGUUGGUGAUCCUGCCCUGCGGCCACGGCUCAGAGGAGCAGCUCUUGCAUGCUGCAGACAAAGGCGACCUUGCCUCACUCAGCCAGCUUCUCGAUCUUCCAGCGGAGCCGAACUGUCGGGACUCGCAGGGGAAGACGCCCCUCAUGAAGGCAAGUGCCAAAGGGCAUAUGAAGAGUGUGCAGCUCCUGCUGAAGGCAGGGGCAGAUGCGACCAUGGCCGAUUUCUCUGGGACGACUCCAUUGAUGGUAGCCUGUGGGCUCGGUCACCCGGAAGUUGUUCGCUGCUUGGUGGAAGCAUCUGCGUCGAUCGACGAGCCAGAUCAGCAUGGGAAGACAUCACUCCAAGUUGCUGCAGGCGAAGGCCAUCUUGAGGUCGUGCGCUACCUUUGCGAACAAGGGGCGGACAAAGAGACCUUCGACCAAAAAGGCCGAACGCCGCUCCACCGAGCAGUGGAUGGGGGCCGCCUUGAUGUGGCGCGAUUCCUCUUGGAGGCUCGGGCUGACAUAGACCAGCCAGACCACCAGGGCAGGACACCCAUGCACGAUGCGGUUCUUGCAAGCCAGACAGCGUUGGUCCAACUCCUCAGUGAGAGUGGUGCUGACAAGCACAAGCGAGAUGACCUUGGCCGAACACCCAUCUACGAUGCCGCCUGCAGUGGAAACUGGCACAUCGUCACGUACCUGAUCCAACGCGGCGUGGAUGUCGACGCCCGCGAUGCCGAUGGCAGAAGCGCUCUUUUCGUC